ACUAUAAAUAUCUGCACAAACCACCCCUAAGUAGGCUCUGCUUCUAACCUCAAUCUCUUCUUCGAUUUCUCUCUAAGCUCUCAAAUUCAGCUCUAAUGGAGUACGAGGGAGUUCUUCUAGGUAUGGGAAAUCCUCUUCUCGACAUUUCUGCCGUCGUCCCUGAGGAAUUUCUGAAGAAAUAUGACGUCAAGCCGAACAAUGCUAUUCUUGCUGAGGAUAAGCACUUGCCCAUGUAUGAUGAAUUGGCCAACGACUAUGAUGUGGAGUAUAUUGCUGGAGGUGCUACACAAAAUUCAAUAAAAGUUGCCCAGUGGAUGCUCCAAAUUCCUGGUGCAACUAGUUACAUGGGAAGUAUUGGAAAGGAUAAGUUUGGAGAGGAGAUGAAGAAAAAUUGCAAACAGGCUGGUGUUAAUGUGCACUAUUACGAAGAUGAAACUGCACCUACUGGAACUUGUGCUGUCUGUGUUCUUGGUGGUGAGAGGUCACUUAUUGCAAACUUGUCAGCUGCAAAUUGUUACAAAUCUGAUCAUCUGAAGCAACCAGAAAACUGGGCACUAGUGGAAAAGGCCAAAUAUUACUACAUUGCUGGGUUUUUCCUCACUGUGUCUCCAGAAUCCAUACAACUCGUUGCUGCACAUGCAGCUGCAAACAAUAAGGUCUUCACAAUGAACCUGUCUGCUCCAUUUAUUUGUGAAUUCUUCAAAGAUGCACAGGAGAAGGCUUUGCCAUACAUGGAUUACGUUUUUGGAAAUGAGACUGAAGCAAGAACCUUUGCAAGGGUUCGUGGCUGGGAGACUGAAAAUGUUGAAGAGAUUGCUGUCAAGAUUUCCCAAUUGCCCAAGGAAUCAGGUACACACAAGAGGAUUACUGUUAUCACUCAAGGUGCAGAUCCUGUUGUAGUUGCUGAGGAUGGGAAGGUCAAAUUGUUCCCUGUUAUUUUGUUACCCAAGGAGAAGCUUGUUGACACCAAUGGAGCAGGGGAUGCGUUUGUUGGGGGAUUUUUGUCACAGCUGGUGAAGAAGAAGCCAAUUGAAGAUUGUGUGAAAGCUGGCUGUUAUGCAGCAAAUGUUAUCAUUCAGAGGUCAGGAUGCACAUACCCCGAAAAGCCAGAUUUCAAUUAGGUCCAUUUUUUGGACCGGAAGAGUUCUCUUUCCUCUUGUACUUAACAGAGGAUCGUACUAUUAUGCUAUAUUGCCUCCUGAUUAUAAUUGUGGUGGUCUGCUUUAUGUUUCUCCAAAACCCAAUUAUAUGGUAGAGGGGUUUAUUUGUUUUGGAUGUUAUUAUUGUUUGUGAUGAUACGUUAUUCGAAAUGGAUGAGAAGAAUAUCCAGUCUAAUUUUUCCAGAAGCUA